AUGCUGAUUAACGUAGUUGCAUGUUUCAUUUCAGACAAUCUUGCAUUUGGAAAGCAAACAAAUCAAAGUGGUGUAAAUUUUGACGGUGUAAGUAGCAGGGCAGUUGAUGGUAUCAACAACACAGAUUAUUACGCUAACAGCUGUACCCACACUGACAGAGAACUCAACCCUUGGUGGAGAGUUGACUUGGGAAAAAUUGAACCAGUUUCGGAAAUAUACCUAGUCAACCAAGAAAACCAGUGGUCUUACAGGCAGAAUAACUUUGAGAUCAGAGUUGGCACCGUGUCUAAUAAUGGAGGAAUUACCAAUCCCAGGUGUGGUAAUAAGAGUUAUAGUCUUCCAAGAGGAAAAGGUGUAUCCUUUUUCUGUCGUCCUGUAUUACUUGGAAGAUAUGUGACAAUAAGAAGCUUAAGAAUUGACCUUGAAAACUUCACACUUUGCGAAGUUGAAGUUUAUUCUGAAAGGAGAGCUUGCCAAAUGCAGGCCAUAGGUGUGGCUAGCACUGACACACUUCCUAAUGCCAGCUUCUCAACAUCAAAUGAAAGUUCAAGAUGUGAAGCUUUUAGAGGUCGACUGAAUGCAUAUGGGGGAUGGUCACCCAGCAGAAAUGACAGACCUGAUGACUAUCUGCAAAUUGAUCUGCAGUAUGAGUUUCUUAUUUGUGCUGUAGCUACUCAAGGGAGGUCAACUUCUGAUGACUGGACAACUGAGUACAAGUUACAGCUAUCCUUUGAUGGUUCCACUUUUGUGACCUACAAGGAAAACAAUGUUAACAAGAUUUUCAGUGGCAAUUCUGGAAGACAUGAUAUUGUCAAACACAGUCUCAGAAAUGUGAGGGCAAGGUUCAUCCGUUUCCAGCCUGUCAAGUUUGUUGGAAACAAAGCUUUGAGAGUAGAGGUGUAUGGAGUUCUUAUAUCUAGAGUCCCCUCACAAGCACCCAGUGAAUUGACUCUAUCUGCAACCUCUUCUACAAGUAUCACUGCAUCCUGGCAGUUACCUCCUGCAUAUUCCAGACACGGAAUCAUUGCAGGGUUCAAAUUGUCCUAUAAAAAGAAAGGGUUUAUUGGGUCAAUACAUGUGGAAACUAUCAAUGGUGGAACAACCUUUUCUGGAGUAAUUAAUGGUCUGGAUAAGUACACAGAAUAUGAAUUUCAAGUGUUGGCUUUUACAUCUCACGGUGAUGGACCAGAGAGUUCAGUUGUGGUAAAAAGAACAAUGGAAGAUGUCCCUUCACAACCUCCUAGUGGCUUAACUGUGGCAGCCAGCUCUUUUACCAGUGUUUUAGCAUUUUGGCGGUUACCACCCGAAGACUCCAGAAAUGGAAUCAUCACAGGAUACAAACUGUUUUAUAGAGAAACAGGUGGUGAUAGGAGUCCAACAGUACAAAUACUCAUCCAAAAUGCAGCAAUUCGGUCCAGAUAUAUAACUGGGCUACAAGCUGAUACAGAGUAUGACUUUCAAGUGUUGGCCUUCACAUCUGUUGGUGAUGGACCAAAGAGCUCGGUGAAAGUCGUGAGAACAGCUGUAGAUGCUGUAGAAGUAGGAAAGAGAGAAGGCUCUAAAUCUGUUAGUAUUGUGCAGAUUGCCGUUCCUGUGGUUCUGGUUAUAGUCUUGGUACCAUUGCUUCUUGUCGCAAUACUGCUGUAUCGGAGGAGGAGAAGGGCAGAAAAAUCAGGCCAAGAGAUUGACAGCAAUGAAGUACAUGUUCCACUUGAUGAAUUCAGGAUGGAUUCAGUUGAGUCCGGUGGAAUUACAACUGACUUAGUCUAUCAAAACGUGUCUGAAAUUCCUUCAGAUGGAAAUGAAUUUGGUAAAACCUCCCUCCCCGAAGCAAAAGAAUCGGUGUACAGUGAGGCUGAUGAUGGUAAGCCAAAACCAAUUCCCGUGGCGGAGUUUGCUGAAUACUUCAAGAACAAAUCAGCCAAUGGAAGCGUCGUGCUGGAAGAUGAAUUUGAGAAGUUACCCAGCAUUUUCCCGUUCUCUUGGGACGUUGGCAAAAACAACAAAGUGAAAAACCGUUUUGGAAAUAUUACGACCUAUGAUCAUUCUCGCGUUGUUUUGGAGAAAAUAGAGGGUGAUCUAAAUUCUGACUACAUUAACGCUAGUUACAUUCCGACUGUUGAUGAGGAAUCAAUGAACUACAUUGCAACGCAGGGUCCAACCUCUACAACAAUCAGCGAUUUCUGGCGAAUGAUCUGGCAAAAAAACUGUUCUGUCAUCGUCAUGUUAACCAACUUGGUCGAGUUGGGAAAGAACAAGUGUGAUCAGUAUUGGCCAGACAAUACUACCACGUUUGGAUCCAUCACAGUAACACUACUUAGGACGCAAAGCUUCGCUGACUACUGCAUCCGAACCUUAAAAUUAGUCAAGGGCAAGAAGACGCGUGAGAUUCAUCAAUAUCAUUUCACCUCGUGGCCAGACAGAGGUGUCCCACACCAUUCGACUGCGUUACUUGCAUUUAGAUGGAAGGUUCAUGUUCAAAAUCAGGCCACCGGCGGACCACUCGUUGUACACUGCAGUGCUGGUGUUGGUCGAACUGGUACGUACAUUGCUAUCGACGCCAUGUUGGAAGGUGCUAAGAAGAAGAAUACUGUGUUCAUACAGAAUUACGUGCAAGUGAUGCGAAAACAUCGCCCUUAUAUGGUGCAGAAUGAUACACAAUACGUGUUCAUACAUCAAGCUGUGAUGGAAGCUUUGACCUGUGGAACUACAGAGGUCACUUCUCAAAACUUGCGGAUUAGAAUGAACAAACUUGCCAGGGUCAUGUCAGAUGCCAAACAGACUGGUUAUGCAGAAGAAUUCAAGCGUUUGGAGCUCCUCAACGACUGCCAAAGCUCAGGAGAAGAAUUUGUCGAUGCGUUUAAGCCCUCGAACCUUAACAAGAACAGGUUUUCAAAUAUAGUACCAAUGGAUACUGCACGGGUCAUGCUGAGGAGUUCAGAGCCGGAUAAGGAUUACAUCAACGCCUCUUUCGUUGACGACUAUAGUCGACGUAAAGCAUACAUUUUGACUCAAGCCCCGUUAAACGAUACUGUUAAAGACUUCUGGAGGAUGAUAUCACAGUAUGAUAUCGGCACAGUCGUGAUGUUAAACAGUUUAAAAGAGGAAAAAGAGAGUUAUCCACAAUAUUGGCCAAGUGAAGGGUCUGCCAAGUAUGGAGACAUCACUUUACAGCUUCUGUCAAAAAAGAAUUCGAAGAACAUAACGACGAGGAAGUUCAGCGUUAUAAAUGUGAUG